UGUUGUCAGCAAGACAAAUGUUAGUAAAUAAAAAUAAAAUAUUCUGUUUGAAUUAAGAUUAACAUACAAUUUGCCUAAAAUGAAUAAUUUAAACAUAAACUUCAAUAUUGGUCUGCUGGGCCAUGUAGAUUCUGGGAAGACAACCCUUGCCCAAGCUCUCAGUACUGUUGCCAGUACUGCAGCUUUUGAUAAAAAUCCUCAAUCCAAGGAACGAGGCAUCACUCUCGACUUGGGUUUCAGUGCCCUGACUGCAGAAGCACCUGAACACCUUCAAUCACUAUCACCAUCUGUAAAGUUAAUGCAAUUUACAUUUGUCGACUGUCCCGGUCACGCCAGCCUUAUCCGAACAGUAAUCGGUGGAGCUCAAAUAAUCGAUCUGAUGAUUUUGGUUGUUGAUGCACAAAAAGGCAUUCAAACACAAACGGCCGAAUGUAUUGUUAUUGGAGAACUUCUUAAGAAAAAAUUGAUUGUUGUAAUAAAUAAGAUUGAUUUAAUAGACGAACCCGGGCGUGAAGAUUAUCUGAAGAAAUUGAAAAUCAAAUUAAAGAAGGUUCUAUCUAGAACCACAUUUCAAGAUGUACCAAUCACAUGUAUUUCCGCCUUGAACAAGACCAACUUGGAGGAUGUUGUUCAGAGCAUAAAGAGUGCUGUCCAUAUCCCGGUUAGAGACUACGAGCAGCCGCUUCUGAUUUAUGUUGACCAUUGUUUUCCCAUCAAAGGUCAGGGUACGGUCUGUACAGGAACGAUUAUUCAAGGUAAAGUUUCUGUAAACGAUACCAUAGAACUUCCUUCGAUAAAAGAGCAACGAAAGGUUAAAUCAAUUCAAAUGUUCAAAAACCCUGUACAAAACGCUGGACAAGGCGACCGCAUUGGACUAUGUGUCACACAAUUCAAUUCUAGUCUAAUGGAAAGAGGAGUUAUAUCAAAACCUGGCUAUCUGACGUUCGUGCAUGCGGCUGUGAUAAGGUUAAACAGAAUAGAAUACUAUAAGUUCGCUCUUAAAUCAAAGUCCAAGCUGCAUAUAACUGUUGGUCAUAAUACUGUGAUGGCCAAAAUCACUGUGUUUAAGGGCGAAACAAUAGAAGAGUCAUUUGACUCUACAAAUGAAUACGAAUGCAUCGAUGAACUAUUGGCAGAUGAAAAACUCAUUCAUGACCAUUUUGUAUUACUUGAAUUCGAGAAUCCCAUUUUGGCCAAUAAUAAAAGUAUGAUAAUCGCCUCAAAGCUCGACUUAGACGUUCAUGCAAAUACAUGCCGUUUGGCCUUUUGGGGCUGUAUCGAAUGGCUAACACAUUCAUCAAAUUACUCCGUUGAAAUUCUACCAAAGUUGAGAAUUUUUAGAAAGAAACAGAAACAGGGAACUAUACAGAGAGUAGUAAACGAAAAUCAAGUAAUUGUACAGAAUCUCUUUAAGAAGGACGGCAACCGAGAUGUUUACGUGGGUAAAAAGAUCGAAUUGUCAACUGGUGAAUGCGGAAUUAUUGAAAGCACUUUUGGCCAGACAUCUAAAGUUAAAAUAAACUUCCCCGAAGGUCUGCGGGCAGAUACUUUGGAUUUGUUAAAAACAAAAAUGAAUACUGUUCUUGUAAUCUUGAAAUUCAAAAAAUAUAUUUUCAAUAAAAAGUUGGGAAUAAUUCAAUGAAAAAUAA